ACCAACACGUUCCUCUGUAUAAAGGAUUUAUCUGGAAGUUUUGAUCGAAAGACUUAAUUUUGGAUGUGCAAGGAAAAGAAAUAUUAAAGACCAAAUUGGACACUAACAUAGAAUGCCCGUAGCAGCCACCCAGAAAGAUGCACAGAUUUAUCAACACUAUCACCACCUUCUUCCGAAAUCUCCAGGUUGUCAUGUGACUGGUCAAAUCUCACCAACGGCCUUGGUGACCAAUACUGAGAACUUCAUUGGUCGCAAUGGCACAGCCUAUGUAACAGACUUGGGACAAAUCGCAAGACAAGCUAAUUCCAAUCCCGACAGAACAGCAGGAUUUUUCAGUACACUUAGUCCUCCAAUAAUCAAUUUAAGUCCGAAUUUAAGCCCAACUGUAACAGAACCCCGCAGAAGUCCGCCAUUUUACGACUUGAGAGAAACAACCAGAAGACGAGGGUUGCAAGAUCUGCAGAACAAUUACAGUCACAUUUACCAUCAUCACCGCCAGCCUGUACUUCACCACCAGCCAAUGCAGAACGCGGCCCAGCUAUGCGCAGCCGCUGUAGAAAUGAUCUCGGAGGACUCGGGCAGAAAGAGUGAGAGCCCAAGUCGAAAGCGACGGAAAACCUCGGGAAGUUACAUUGAUUUGACCAACUCUCCGAGUCCACCCCCUUCACAGAACAGGGAAACGCUGACGGAGAGCACCAGGAUUGGCGGAGUGAGACGCAGAGCUGCAAGCCUACGUAGGACGUCCUCUGAUCGCAGUAACACACCGAGGGCUCGUAGAAGUCCGGGAACGAGACGGCGCACAAGAGAGAGAAACAUUUUACGUCACAAUGAGGGUUCCCCAGAGAGGCGCGCGUUCCAGCCCCCAAACAUGAUGGGUCACCAGAUCCACCCAGCAGCCCUUCCCCCGCACCACCAGACAGUUCAGCAGCCCGUUCUGAUGGAUGUGGAGCGGGUGCCUGUGUCGGCUCCGGUGACCAUGGCUCCUUAUGGAAUCCCUGUAUGUACUGGCCCUCACCAGAUCACAAUGUGCACGGCUGCGGGUCACCUACCUGUAUGUAACAGCCAGCCAACAUGGUCCAUCCCCGCCUGUAAUGUCCAGAUCCCUGCAUCCUGUGGGGUGCAGCAGAUCCCAUCUUGUAACAUACAACAAAUCCCCAUCCAUCCAGGCUCGAUACCACCCAUGUUUCAACCUCCUCACUCCAGCAGUCAUAUACCUCAGCAUCAGUUGGCCUCACGACCACCACAGUUCACCGGCUCCACCCAUCAGCGUCACGAGGAGGAAGUCCAAUUAAUAUCAGAUCACCGCCAUGCCUAUCCCCUUCAAGCAGCUCUACACCAGCACCACCCUGGGGCCACAGCCUUCACAGCCACACCUCCAGUCCUCCUACAGGAGCCCAUGGUCCACCCCUCCCCUCAAGACAUCUACGGACCGUUUCACAGAUACUAUGCACGCCAUCGUACAGCUGGCCGCAAUGGUAGAUUACGCUCCAUACCUCCACCUCCACCACCCUACCCAGGAUUCCUGCUACACUUCCUUGCCAUGUUGGGUAAUCCACCAUUGCCAAGAUUUGGACGGGAUUUCCGAGAAGAUGCAACAGAGGUAGAAAAUUAUGAGGCAUUAUUAAAUCUUGCGGAGAGAUUAGGAGACGCAAAGCCCAAGGGGCUGACUAAACUUGAAAUAGAUCAGCUGCCCGCCUACAGAUUUAAUAAGGAGACGCACCACUCAGGCAUGGAUCAGACUUCCUGUGUCGUGUGCAUGUGUGAUUUUGAGAAUCGCCAGCUCCUCCGUGUAUUACCAUGCAGUCAUGAAUUCCAUACCAAAUGUGUGGAUAAGUGGCUUAAGACAAACAGAACCUGUCCUAUUUGUCGUGCAGAUGCAGCGGAGGUAGCUAGCCAAUCAGAUUAGGUGUUAAGAUAUUAAAGUCAAGCAGGCUGACCUGGCUGUUCCACCUACUAAUCACUAAGUUUGGCUGUUACAUCUAUCGAGAACACUUGUCAAAAGCUGAUAUAGGACACCCAGGUGGCCGAAGGAGCAGACAGCUGCGUCAACUUGUCAUUGAUCCAAGCGGCAGGAAAAGAAAAUAUGUCCGAGAAACACAAGGAUAGGAAAAGUCACUGCUAGUGUGAUGAAAGAAACAUUUUUUCAAAAAUGGAAUGACAGCAAUAUGAAUGGACUGUUCACUGCAGCAUUUGAAUUCACUUGAAGGAUGUUUUAGCAGACAUGGCAUGUUUCCCCUCUUCCCUUUCUUUUUGCAAGUGACUAUAGUUAAUAUUGUAAAAUGGUGCAUUACAAAUAUUGAACAAUUUACACAGACUAUAAUGGUGACCAAGGUUGAAUUGUUUAAGAAAUAUUAACAAUGAUUGUGUGCAUUUCCCCCCAACCUCGUCAUCAGUAACAAGUUGUAUUUUGAUUGAGUUUUUAAAUGUUACUCAAUUGUUGCAUGAUGUUUUUUGUUAUUAUUAUUAUUUUUUCGUUUGUUUAUGUUUAUACCCAAGUAAGUAACCCAAUCUCAGUGUUUUAUUAAGUAACUGUUACCAUCAAGUCCCAGUAGAUUUGUGGCCAUACACAACAGCGGUAAACCAAAACAAAAAGGAUGGUGGAGAAAGAGAUGGAAAGGUUUAAAAUUUUAGGAAAUGUGACCAUAUAUUGACAAAGAAUACCUUAUCAAAUCCAUAUUAGGACAAUCAGUGUAAUUGUUGCCAUAAAUGGAGAUGUAUUUGUUGUUAUAAUCAUAUAUGGGCAUACAUUACCGGUAUUGUCAACCAUAUAUGGCCUUGAAUUUAGUGAUGAGCAGGCAUUGAUGUGGUAAUAUCUUUCACUCUUUUCAAGGAGAGUUAUGGAAGCCUGGGUAGAUCAGCUUUAUGUGAAAAUGUGAUUUAUUCUGAUUAGAAUUAUAAAAGCUAUAUUUUUGACACGUAUGAAUUUCAGUUUUAAUUUAGAGGAAAAGAUUUGGUUUAAGUAAAUGUGAAAAAAUUCCAUUCUUUGCAGUAAUCUCUAAAAAAAUAAUAAAAAAAAAACCCAACACAUUUUGGAAUUGUUUGUGGAAUACCAUUGUCUGUAUGACAGAUUUACUGCAUUGUAAAAUCUGGGCUCCUAUAGAGGAGAAAAUUAUGAAAUGACCGCUGAAGGUGGCCAGUUUACCGACAUGCAUGAUUACUGAUGGCCACAGACCAUUAGCUGUAGGAGUUGGUUUAUUUGUAUCUACCUAUAGACACUUGGUAUAUUAUUUGUAUAUUUCAGUGUUUUUGUCGCCUUUUUCUGUAUGACAUGAACCGUCUUCCUGUUUUGUAAUCCAGCAUGUACUCGUUCAUUUCUGUCUCAGACAUUGCUUACCCCUGAUUGUGCUUUAAUAAUUCCCAGCAAUUACAUCUUAAGGAUGUUAAAUAUAGACCAUUAUUUUACGGGUGACUCUUUAAAAAAGAGAAAAAUAACCUUACAACUUAAAAUUGUGAAAAAUUUAUAUUGAACUAUUUAUUUCAUGUCAUUAAGUAUCAAGAGAUAAAGGGAUAGCAAAAAGAAAAUGUUUUUUUUUUAAAGUAAUCAUUAAACUGUCAU